UCAAAAUCAUUGUAACAUUUGACAAAUUCUUCGCGAUUCUGUCAUUUCUAAAAUGGCUGAAGGUGGUGUUACGGAUUCUUCUGCCCAAUCUGCAAUUUCAAAUGCCAACGCACAGCUAGAGAAUCAAAAGUCUCAGUUAAAGGAACUUUUGAAGAAGCCGCUGAAACGAGACGAUAAAUGGUUUUUAUUGGAUACUAAAUGGUUUAAACAAUGGAAAAAGUAUGUUGGAUAUGAAAGCUGGGAUGCCUUCAAUGUUGGACAGUCCGAAGCCAAUCCAGGACCAGUUGAUAAUUCUCCAUUGGUUGAAGAAGGGAAGUUGAAAGAGCACCUGAUAGAUGAACUAGACUAUCAACUUGUCCCUGAAGAAGCCUGGGGUAAAAUCAUGUCUUGGUAUGGCAUGAUUGAAGGGCAGACACCAGUAGAAAGGAAAGUAAUAGAACAAGGAAUGUUUGUUAAACACUGUAAAGUAGAAGUCUAUAUGCUGGAUGUCAAAAUGUGUGAAAAUUCUAAUUUGGAAAAAAUAAUCAACAAAUCAAUGAGCAGAGCUGAUACAAUUGAGGAUUUAGAAAAAGAAAUGAGAAAGACCUUUGAAAUUGCUGAAGAUAAAGAAGUACGACUGUGGUACAAGUACAUGAGUAAUACCUAUGAACACCUUAGUAAAAAAGAAAGUACAUUGCAAGAUGCUGCCUUGUAUUCUGGACAGGUUAUAGUCAUAGAACAAAAAAAUGAAGAUGGAACAUGGCCCAGACAAGCUAAAAGUACAAACAGUUACAACAGUGGUUCAUAUACUUCUACAAGGUCCAGUUCCAGUGGCUAUGAUUCUGGUUAUGGUGGUUCAUCCUAUGGUUACUAUGGAUAUGACCAAGGCAGGGGUGGCAGUGUAGCACCGGGACUUUGUGGUCUGUCUAACUUGGGAAAUACCUGCUUUAUGAGUGCAGCUAUUCAGUGUAUGAGUAAUGUUCCAAAGUUGACAGAAUACCUGUUGAGUGACAGAUGGAUUAGUGAGGUGAAUGAGAGUAAUCCUCUUGGAAUGGGAGGAGAAAUAGCAAAGUCAUAUGCAGAACUUAUCAAGGUCAUGUGGUCUGGAAAGUAUAGUCAUACUGUUCCUCGUAACUUCAAAGUUGCUGUAGGAAGAUUUGCUCCACAGUUUUCUGGAUACCAGCAACAAGACUCACAAGAAUUGCUGGCUUUCCUACUGGAUGGUCUACAUGAAGAUCUGAACCGAAUCCAUAAAAAACCAUAUAUAGAACAGAAAGAUGUAGAUGAUCGGCCUGAUGAGCUCGUAGCCAUGGAAUCCUGGGAAAACUACAGGAAGAGGAACGAUUCUGUGAUUGUUGACACUUUCCAUGGAUUGUUGAAAUCCACUGUUCACUGUCCUGAAUGUGAUAAAAUAUCUGUGACAUUUGAUCCUUUUUGUUAUCUUUCUCUACCACUCCCAGUCAAAAAGGAGAGACAAUUGGAAAUAUUCUGGGUUCCACUUAGUCCGGAAAAGAAACCUGUUCAGUUUAAAUUGAUAGUGCCAAAAAUGGGAAGCGUUUUAGACAUGUGUAAAAUAUUGUCAGAAAAAGUAGGAGUAGAACAUUCAAAGAUGGCAGUCACAGAUGUUUAUAACCAUAGAUUCCACAAAGUGUUCAAUCCGGAAGAAAGCCUUAGCUAUAUUCUAGACAGGGAUGAUAUAUUUAUAUAUGAAGUACCAGUUUCAACAAAUGAUGAUCCUGACACAGUCAUUGUUCCUAUAUAUAUGAGGGAGAAAAAAAGUAGAAACAGUUACCACAGUGGUUCAUUUCAGCUCUUUGGUCAACCAUUACUGCUGCCAGUAUCUAAGAAAAAUUGUACAUAUGAAUCUUUUUACAACACCUUACUUCACAGAAUAUCACGUUACGUGAAGAUGCCUGCUGAAGAUGAUAAAUGGUGGUUAGUAGAGAAAGAUGGAAAGAUGACUAAUGGUACCAGUGAAGAUGAGAAAGAUUCGGAUGAAGACAAGAAAGAUGAUGAUACACAGAUGGAUACAUCAAGUGAUACCAAAGAAAAUCUCACCAAUGGAGAUAUAAAUGGUGAAGUGAAUGGACAUGAUAAGACUGAAAAGACAUCACCUUUAAUGUGUAAAUUUACUUUGGUAAAUUCUUAUGGCAGUACAGAAUUAGGAUGUAAAAUGGCUCAAGAUGGACAGCCUCUCAAACUAAGUCAUAGGACUUAUGUAGCUGUAGAUUGGAAUCCGUUGGCCCAGGAAAAGUUUUAUGAUGACAAAGCUGCGGAGGACUUUGAACAAGAUGACAGUAUUAAUCACAAACCUCAAAAGAAGCAAGUGAUUCAACUAGGAGAUUGUCUGGAUUUGUUUACCAAAGAGGAACAACUAGGGGAAAAUGAUUUAUGGUAUUGUCCCAGGUGUAAGAAACAUCAACAAGCAACCAAGAAAUUUGACUUAUGGUCUUUACCAGAUGUUCUAAUCAUUCACCUUAAGAGAUUCUCCUACAACAGAUACUUCAGAGAUAAGAUAGAUGUUAUGGUGGAAUGUCCUCCAAGAGGAUUAAACAUGAACAAAUACAUGAUAAACAACAACCAUGGAGCUGCUAAAUAUGACCUGAUAGCUGUAUCUAACCAUUAUGGAGGCCUAGGAGGGGGACAUUACACAGCCUAUGGUAAAAACAAAGAGAAUAGUGAAUGGUAUUACUUUGAUGAUUCUAGUGUGUCCUCGUCAUCAGAAGAUGAUGCUGUUUCCAAGGCAGCUUAUGUAGUAGUGUAUCAGAAACAGACUCAGUGUCAGCCUAAUUCUAAGUCAAGUACUACCACAAUGAAUGGUCAGUGUGAACAGAUGGAAACAUAAUGUUAUCUGAAAACUUAGUUUUCCACAAUUGUCAGUUAUAUGACAUACAGGAAGUAGAAUCUACAAGCUGAUGUGAUAAAGAACUUUUGUAUUUGUUGUUACAAGACAGUCAUCUAAGAUCUUUCUGAUUUACUUGUCUUUUUAGUUUUCCAAAGAGGAGAGCAAAAAUGAAAACAGUGUACUAAACCAAAAAUAUAAGGCAUUGGGAAAUUUGUCUUUUUAUGAAAUUUGCCAACCCUGUUUAAUAGUCCUAGAUUUUAUAACUAUUAUAAAACUAAUUAGGAUGUGAGCAGAAAUGAUGUAUGAGUUGAUCAUUUUUUUUGACAAAUUUGUAUAUUCACAUUAUUGCUAGGAUAUUUUGAAAAGUUCACACAUCAUUUGAUUUAGCCAAUGUUCAGCCAUUUAAAAUAUGUCAGGGAAAUCAAAAGGACUAUAUUUACAAUCUGUUGUUUACAUAAAUGGAAACGGUAGAUUAAAUUACUGUCUUUAAAAUUAUUAUGGUGUAAACACAAUAUAAAUGACAUGAAAUUCCUAGAUGUAUAGACAACCUGCUAUGAAUAAUAUGGAAUGAACACAAAGUAUAGCUAUCUUCAGUGUUGAUAGAAGAUUUUUUUAUUCAGAUUUAUAGCUCUAUAUACAUAUACUGAAAAAUAAACAUGUAUUAAAACAGCAUAGAUUUUGAAAUUGUAUAUACAUUUGUAUGCCAUAUACAUUAAAGUGCUAAAAUUUAUAUAAGAUAUAAAUCAUUAAAACCACUAACUGUAGUAAAAUGAUAAUUUUCAUUUUGUAAAUUUAAAAGUGUAUCCAGCAUGUUGAGGGGAGAUAAUAGCUAGCAUGAUGCAUCUUUGUAUGCUAUGCCACAAUUAAUAUAUAUUUUUUUUUAAUUCCAAUAUAUUUAAGGAUAUAUAUUUCAACAUGAUAAUGUAAUAUAAUAUAUUAAAAUAACCAUUUUCUAUGGUUCUACAGUUUGCUAGAAUUUGAUGACAUCAGCAAUAAUUAUUUAGAUGUCAAAUUGAUUCAUUGAAAUUAAGAAAAAAUAUGAACAUAUAUCUUAUUCAGCUAUUAUUCUCUAUUUGAAAGUCUGCAAUGUGUAUUGUUUUUAGAAAUCAUUUGUUUGUUUGCCAUCAUUGUAUGUUUUAAUUAAAUUACACUGUAAUAGUAUAUAUGUUUAUUUUCUGUUUGGUAUCAGAUGCAACAGUGGAGUGUAAAUAGAAAAAGGAAUGUUCAUGUGUUUAUACAUUUAUGUUCAAUGAUGUGUCCAUAUUUUUGUGACUAUAAUAAUAAAAAAUAAUGAUGAACAGUAGGGUAAAAGUAUAAUGCAGUUUCAUGUUUUGGCAAAGAUAAGACCCUUCAAAUAACAGAAGAAAUAUAGAAAAUCAUCAAAAGUUGGAAGUUUUUGGUCUGUGAAUUUUUAGAUAAACCUUAAAAAUGAUUCAAAAAUACACUUUGCCAAAGCUAUUCUCCAGUAGGAAAAUAUAUAAAAACUCCUGCCUUAGUUCAGUGCACAAAAUUGCAGUUUAAAACUUUAUAGACCCAAAAAAUCCAGGUGAUUGUAAUAAGCUGUAUAAUUUCCAAAUUAUCCUGUCCUAUUUUAUACCCAAGUAAACUAUGGCAUAAAAUUGGAUUUUUUCUUUCUUUAUUAACUUGUUGGAAAACAAGAGUUUAUCAUUCUGUUUGCCGUUUAAAGCAGAGCACACAAUAUAGGGCUUUAAAAUGUAAAACAAAAUCCUAGUUAACACCAUAUUUGUGUACUUAAUGAACAUUCAUAUUGAAAAAAUAUGUAAAAACAUUGCUUGCUUUGGAAUGGAACAAUGUAAUUUUCAUGGCACAAACUAUUUUAUUAAUUAUUGAUCCUUACAAAUAUUUCUGAAUAAAUCACAUUUUUGAAUUUCACAAAACUUAAUUAUAUAUCUCUUCUUUAUAAUUGAAUAACUGGGGUAAAAGCUCUGAUAUCUUUAUCAAUAUGGGUUUUGUAUUAUGUAUAAAUGGUGAAGAAGUUAUGAAUGAUAAUUUAUGAUGUAUGAAUGUGUUUGUAUUACAAUUUUAAUGGUUUUUUCCUUGCAAGUAAAAGUUUGCAAUAAUUGUCAGACUUGUCCAGUAGUGAGUGCUCUAUGUUUUUUACUGAAACAAAAGUUUAUGAACCAAACCUGUAAUUUAUUCAGAGUAAGAACUAGGACGUACUUAGGCCCAGGACAGUUAUAAUAAUAGUUGUAAAAUGUAUUUUAGCAUCACAUCCUAUAAAACCAUCCUUUGUUUAAUUAGAUUUGAUGGUGUCUUGCACCAAAAAGAACUAAAUUAUUAUUGCAAGAAUAUGACAACAUCAAUAAAGAGAUAAUAAUUAAGUCCAUUGACACUCGAAAAAGAUGAUAAUGUUCUGAUUACAAAUCUGUUAACACACAAAUACCAUGAAAAUAUCUGUACAUUUUUUAUACACAUAUGAAUACCUUUGUAACACAAUGAUAUUUGACAAAUACCUGAGGAAAAAUAUAUGGAGUUCAAAAUAAAUUGACCACAGUGAAAGGAUUAAACAUUUAUUUUAUUUGAAAUAAAAUAUCAGUCUGGUCAAGUCUGACAAUAUACAGUUUUGUUUUUUGUUUGUAAAACCUUUUGUAUGUUACAGUGCUUUCACUCUUCUAUUGACCAAGUAAUGUCUAAAUAAACUUGUACACAGUUUGA